ACCCCACCCUGCUGCAAACAAGCCAGAGAUUGGAAAGUGUCUGCUUGGUUCCCUCCCUUCUUCCUCUCUUCCCUCCCUUCCUCCCUCUCUCUAGCUUUACGGACUCCCUUUCUGCUGAUUUGACUUUUUCUCUUUUUUAUCUCUCUGCCCUUUCUAUCUCACACCCACACUCCAGUUCCCAAUUUUCUUCGCGACUCUCUGACUGUGUCUAACUGCCUCUCCUUCCUCCCCUCCUAUCCACCCACCCUGUAAGCCUUAUUCUGCCCCAGUCACGAGGGAGAGAGAACACACCCCAGGCUUCUCCCCUUCCUUUCCCUUCCUGGCAGCCUCCCCAGAGGCCCACAGCUGUGGGCUUCAAGGUGGAGGCUGGAGGGAAUGCUUUCUCCCUCACGGACUCUCUCCAUCCUCUCCACCAGUUCUGCUGCAGGGUCCCCUCUGCAUCUGUGGGGCCCCAGCCUCGCCAUGCAGUUUCCAUACCACAGCCUCCCCCCGGGCCUCAGCCUCAGUGACUUCAUCCCUGGCCACCUCCAGGCACGGACAUUACCGCACCGCCAAGGGACCCGGGUGCCUGUGCUCCGGAAUGGUGGCUCCAACACACUCAACUUCCAGUUCCAUGAUCCAGCCCCCAGAACUGUGUGCAACGGGCACUCGGCACCCAGGAGAGUCGCCCCAGAUCCCUCUUGGUAUCAGACCUGGCCUGUUUCUGAGAACCAGGUCCCCGGAAUCACUAAGCAGCCUAUAUCCCAGGGUGGCCCGAACUGGUCAGCUACAUGGACCAAAGGCAGCAAGCAGCGGGACAAGCGCUGGGUCAAAUACGAGGGCAUUGGGCCAGUGGAUGAGAGUGGCAUGCCCAUCGCUCCUCGUUCUAGUGUAGGCAGCCCACGGGAUUGGUACCGGAAAAUGUUCCAGCAGAUCCACCGAAAACUUCCAGAGCUGCAGCUGGACUGGCCUUUUGAGGAGCAAGACAAAGAGUCGAGGCAUCUUGGACCACUAUUGAGAACUGCUUCUCCGAGGAGUUCCUCAUCUCCCCACAGCAGGAGGAGCCACAAGGACCCUAAAGAAGGGGUUAUCUUCAGCUAUCCGCCCAGGACCGCACCUCUCCUGCAGACAAGACCUCAGGUGGUCAGGUACCGGAACAAAGCCGAAGAUAUCUGGACUGAAGACUCCUGGAACCAAUUUCUGCAAGAACUAGAGACAGGGCAGAGGCCCAAGAAGCCACUGGUGGAUGAACCUGCCGAGAAGCCCUCUUUACCAAUUGAGAUCUUACUGGAGAGGGAACUGGCCAGACUGAACGAAGAGCUGGACAAAGACAUGCGGGCCAUUGAGAUGAAGCUGCCCCCAGACAAGGGCUCGGCGCAGGCUAGCCGCCCCCGGGACAGAGGACCCUUGUCUCGCUUGUCUCCAGCCUGGGCUUCCAGUCCAUCCCAAGCACUUUACCAUAGCACCUCGAGGACCCUGAGCCCCCCCAGAAUGGAAGAUGGAGGAGGGAGUCCCUUCCUGGGUCGGAGAGAUUUUCUCUACCCACCCCCCACCCAAGAUCCAGGUGGGGCAGAGCCUGCAGAUGGCCUGGCCAAGAAAGAAGAGAAGAAGAUGAAGGCUGCACGGCUCAAAUUUGACUUCCAGGCUGAGUCACCUAAGGAGUUGACCUUGCAGAAGGGAGACAUUGUGUACAUCCACAAAGAGGUGGACAAAAACUGGCUGGAGGGAGAACAUCACGGGCGACUUGGCAUCUUUCCAGCUAACUAUGUAGAGGUGCUGCCCCCAAAUGAGAUCCCAAAGCCCAUCAAAGCCCCAACCUACCAGGUGCUAGAAUAUGGAGAGGCUGUGGCUCAGUACAACUUCAAGGGGGACCUGGAGGUGGAGCUAUCCUUCCGAAAGGGGGAGCAUAUCUGCCUGAUCAGGAAGGUGGACGAAAACUGGUACGAGGGGCGCAUCUCAGGGACUGGACGACAGGGCAUCUUUCCUGCCAACUAUGUCCAGGUCUCCAAAGAGCCCAGGCUAAAGGUCUGCGAAGACGGUCCUACCCCCACUCACCUGAACCUGGCUGGCUCCCAAGUCCCUGGGUCCCCACGCCUGGGCACCUCUCACCUGGCAAGGCCAUCUGGUUCCCCCUCCACACCCCAAAGCGCAGCUGACACCACCGACCGGGGGGGCCCAACCUCCCCCUAUCGCACUGGCUUCACCUUUCGUUCCAGCAAUCAAGAACCUUCUCCACAGACCUCUCCAUCCAGAUCUCAAACCCAGGGUCCUGGCACCUCCAGGACAUUACCACCCCACCACUGGGGUCCUAGUCCUCACCAAGACCCUUCUUCUUCCUCUUCUGGAUCCUCUAAUAUCCACUGGACCCCGUACCGGGCAGUAUAUCGGUAUUGGCCCCAGAAUGAAGAUGAGCUGGAGCUUCGAGAAGGAGACCAGGUGGAUGUCAUGCAGCAGUGUGAUGAUGGCUGGUUUGUGGGUGUCUCCCGGAGGACCCAGAAAUUCGGAACAUUCCCGGGGAACUAUGUGGCCCCCGUGUGAGUGGACACUGGCAGCCUGGAGCAAGCCCAGAGCUCUGGGGGUGGGGGGUGGGAGGCAGAUUUAGGGCACUGAUGGCAAGAGCUCUCUCUGUCCCCCCCCCCUUCCUCUGCUAACCCCCACUGCCCACGGCCAGCCGCUUUGUUGUGGUGUUUCUCUGAGACCUGAGGAUGGGAGUGGGGGGAGGGGAGAGACAUCUGCAGGAUGCCACAGCUUCUGUGAGGCCCCAUCCUGUGUCAGACACAGCCGCCAACCCUCUACCUCCUCUUCCCAUCCUCCCUGCCUUAGGGGACCUGGAAUAACUCCACUCAACCUCACAGCACAUUCCUCUAACUGCCCCCCCCCUUCACUGUAGAGCUCUCCUCCACCAAGGACUAGUUCCCAGUCUUAUUGAGACCAGACAUGUCUUCCCUUUCCCUCCCCUCCUCCUUCAUCUCCGUGCAGUGCUGUGCCCUUUAACAAGGACCAACUUCUUAACUUAAUGGGGACCAAAUGCUUCCACCUGAAAGGAAUUUCUUUCCCAUAUCCCAGCUUGCUUUCCACUUCACAUGCCUUCCCUGGAGUCCCCUCACCCCUUCUUUGCUAGCUGAGUUGGGAAAGGAGAGGAGGGGGGAAGUGGGGAGGAAGUAGUGAGGGACCUGGUCUCCUCAGAGCUCCCAGUAAGGAUUGAGCCUUUAAAGUUAGUAGUCGGAUCCUAUAGUUCUGGGAGACUGUGGCUGCACAUCCCUCCUCCGAUGACACCCUUGGUCUCCCCUUGGAGAGACUAUAUAAUAAACCUCCACACGCCA